UCUGAGCCUUUCUUCCUGCGGCCGCCGCCCUGUACGGAUAUGCUGCUGCUUGAGUUAUACAAACCCGGAAGUAGCCUGAAGUUGGGAAGUCGACGAAGCAGGCAGCUGUCAGGGAGCAGAGAAGAGCCCGUGUCUACAUCCCAACAACAGAAAUUUUAGGUUUUACAAAACCAUGUUUCUCAUAAACCAAUACAUGGGUGGUGGUGGAAGAGGCGGUGGAGGUUUUGGUGGAUUUGGAGGCGGAGGUUUUGGAGGUGGUCUUAUAGGAGGAAUUUUAAGUUCCAUCAGUGACGCUGCCUCAAACUACAAUCCACAGCCCCCGCCUCCACGGAGUCAUCCCUCUGUUAUUCAAUCAAAUGAAUCUGAAGAGGUCAGACAGUUCCGACGUCUGUUUAGUCAACUUGCAGGAGAUGAUAUGGAAGUCAGUGCUGCAGAGCUCAUGGGAAUCCUUAACAAAGUUGUAGCAAGACAUCAGGAUCUGAAGACAGAUGGAUUUAGUGUUGACUCAUGUCGCAGUAUGGUGGCUGUGAUGGAUAGUGACAGCACAGGGAAGCUUGGGUUUGAAGAAUUCAAAUACUUAUGGGACAACAUAAAAAAAUGGCAGGGUGUAUAUAAGAGAUAUGACACUGAUCGUUCUGGCACUAUUGGAAGAAAUGAGCUUCCUGGAGCAUUCAGCUCAGCAGGGUUUCAGUUAAAUGGCCAACUCUAUGAGAUGAUUGUCCGUCGUUAUUCUGAUGAAAAUGGAGAAAUGGAUUUUGACAACUAUAUCUGCUGUUUGGUGCGACUUGAUGCCAUGUUCCGUGCUUUUAAAACUUUGGAUAAAGAUGGAGAUGGCCAGAUUAAAGUUACAAUUGAGGAGUGGCUGCAACUGACUAUGUAUUCAUGAGGAGUCGCUUGUGUGGUCUGAACAUGUGGAGCUCUGAAGUUACUUUUUUCCUGUACUAAAUUACUGUUUAUGUAUACAAGACAUGUUUUAUAAGUGAUAAAUAUAUACCUAUCCUAUGUAUUGUAAUGGGAAGAGACUGCUAUUAAGUUACAGAAUUUUGAAUUGACGCACCAGAGGCUUGCGUGUAUGCAUGUGUAUGCAAAUGUAUGGACGAAAUAUUUUUAUACUCUGUAUGCAUACAUCUACACAUUUAUUCCAUCAAUAAAUAAACAAAAAUUUAUUUUCUUUAUGAAACUUUAUUUGAAGGAGUUCCUUUCUCCCAGCUCUUUGUAAUGCAAAAUGAAUGCAAUUAAAAGCUGUAAACAAAAA